ACUUGUGUUCAUAGUGUUCAAGCUUUCAAAGGAGAUUUUGGUUUCAGAUCUUAAUUCUUUUUUAGAAGUCUUCUGCUUCUGCUUGCUUGCUUGCUUUCAGUUCUAAAUUUUCAACCUAGAAAAUGGAGGAAAACACCUCUAUUCACAGUCUUCCAUGGGCUUUGUCAGCUUUGGAGCCAACCCAUUGGGCUAGCUUGGUUUUGGACCUAACUUUUUGGGCUCAAUCCCUUCAAUUUGGUCUUGGUGGCUUUAGGCUUUGGAAAAAAUCAUGGAGCAAACAGGAGGAAUAUGAAGUUUAGAAAGCAUUUAUACUCUCAGCUGUCCAUUGAAUAAUGGCCGUCUCUGUCUGAAAAACUGACCGUUGAAGCUUCUCAACAUUAGUCAGACCGUUGGAUGGGAAUUUCAGAGAAUAUAUAAAUAUCAAACCUUACCUUCAGGAAGAAUAAUUAGCCCACUUCCUUCUUCCCCAUUUCUCUGUAUAUAAUCUUUGCUUGCUUGUGAUCAGAGAUGGGUUUGGUGAUGGUGAUCUCUCUGCCACUCAUUUUCUUCUGCUUGCUGCUCGGUUUCGGGUGUUACUUUCUUGGCCGAGCAAAAGGGAGACAAGACAUCAGGACUAAUGCUCAGACAUUUGGGGUGCCCAUGCCGCCUCCCAGUAGCGCUGCCGCUCAUUCCCUAUCGCCACAGCAGCCAAUUUUCAAACCUGAUAAUUCCAUCAAUGUUUGAUUAGUAAUCAGAUCCAAGUUCAAUUCUUCACUGUACUCUUUUUCUACCGCAAAACCCAAAUUCGCUCACAGGGUUCUUUUUUCUGAGUGUGUAAAUUCUAUACUAUCAGUUUAAACUUCAAUACUCCAUGAUGAAUCGUUUUCCAGUUACUGUCUGUCUAUCCUAAAAAUAAAAUGGCCUUCGAAGUUGGCCGCCA